AAUUCCGUCUGUGUUUUGAGUUUAUGCAUGUGUGUCUGCGUGUGUGUUCUUCCCCACACGAGUUUACUGCAAUUCCGAAUUCUCACAACCACCGGCAGAAUGGCAGCUGCACCCCCGAACCAAGACGACUCUAGCCGGGGUAGUAGCGGUAGCAGCACGCCCAGCGUCCUUGUCGGGGACGGGGACACGGAAGAGGCCGAGGAUUUCACCUCCUCUUCCCACUGCACAGAGCUGUCUCGGCGGCAGAACGAACAGAGGAAGCAGGGAUUGUUCUGCGACGUGACGCUGGCCUUCAGCAGUGGGGCGGCAACCGGGAAUGUUCAGAGCUGUGAGUUUUCCGCUCACCGUUCUGUACUGUCAGCGGCUACGGACUAUUUCACGCCGUUGCUGGGAGGGCAGUUCUCCGAGUCGCUAUCGGGUCGGGUUGAGUUGAAGGAAUGGAGCGCUGAAUUGGGACCAGACCCGGAGACGGUGGAGAGUGUCAUUCAGUACAUGUACAUCGGAGAAAUACGUGUGAGCACCUGCAAUGUGCAUGAAGUGUUAGAGCUUGCUGACAGGUUCCUGCUGCUACAUCUGAAGGAGUUCUGUGGGGAGUUCUUGAAGAAGAAGCUGAGCCUGGCCAACUGUGUGGCGGUGCACAGCCUGGCCCACAUGUACACCCUGGACCAGCUGGCUCUGCGGGCCGCAGACAUGAUCCGACGCAAUUUCCACAAGGUCAUCCAGGAUGAGGAGUUCUACACUCUGCCCUUCCACCUGGUGAGGGACUGGCUGUCUGACGCAGAGAUCACCGUGGACGAGGAGGAGGUGCUGUUUGAGGCUGUGGUGAAGUGGGUCCAGAGGAACACAGAGCAGCGGGGGAGGUACUUUGAGGAGUUGUUCCGUCUCCUCCGGCUACCCCAGAUUAAGCCCACCUGUCUGACGCGCGUGGUGAAGAACGAGGCACUGGUGGCGGCCAACCAGGCCUGUCUCCGCCUGGUGUCCGAUGCCGUGGAGGGCCACGCCAUCCGCUGUGAGAACCUCAAGUCAGCUGACCUGGAGUUCUGGUCGUCCUACAUGGCCUCCUUCCAGCCGCGCUUCGGCCAGAACAUGGACGUGAUCAUGGUGGUGGGCGGGGUGUCGGAGGGGGGUGACUACCUGAGUGAAUGUGUGGGUUACUUCAUCUACGAGGACCGCUGGGUUAACCUGCCCCACAUCCACAACCACCUGGAUGGCCACGCCAUCGCCACCACAGAGUCCCACAUCUACGUAGCGGGAUCCAUGGAACCGGGCUUCGCCAAGACCGUGGAGCGCUAUAACCCCAACCGCAACACCUGGGAACAGGUGAGCAACCUGACCACACGUAAACACUCCUUUGGUCUCACCUGUAUCAAAGACAUCCUGUAUAGCAUCGGUGGCCACGGCAACUUCAGCCCCGGCUUCAAGGACGUGAGCGUGUACGAACCUGAGCCGGACAAGUGGCACAACCUGGAGUCGGCGCCCAAGAUCCUGCGGGACGUGAAGGCGGUGAGCGUGGAGGACCGCUACGUAUACGUGAUGGCGCGCACGCCGGUGGACACGGACAACGAGGACGGGCUGAAGACGGUCACCACGCGUUACGACACAGAGAGCCGCCAGUGGCAGGACGUGGACUCCCUGCCGCUCAUAGACAACUACUGUGUGUUCCAGAUGGCCGUAGCCUCCACCAACUUCUACCACACAGCCUCCUGCUGCCCUAAGAGCUACACGGUGCGGGACGAGGCCGCCAAGCAGAAGAUCAGCGCCCACAUAUCAGAUGAGAUCCUGGAGAGCUUGCCGCCCGAGGUCACCAGCGUCGAGGGCGCCGCCAUCUGCCACUUCGACGAGGACGUCUUUGUGAUCGGCGGCUGGAAGAACAGCGACGACGUGGACAAGCAGUACCGCAAAGAGGCCUACCGCUACUCUGCCGAAAGGAAGCGCUGGAUGUUGCUGCCGCCCAUGCCCCAGCCACGCUGCCGCGCCACCGCCUGCCACGUACGCAUCCCCUACCGCUUCCUGUACGGCUGCCAGCGCUACCCCAUGCCCCAGAACCUGGCCCGCCAGCGGGACCGCAUGCAGCAGAUGCAGCAGCUACACCGGCGCACCCUCACCUUGCGCAGGCAGCUGCAGUCUCAGAUCGAGUGCUGAGCUAUCGCAACCCCUGUCUGUCCAUCACAUCCACCCCAGAGGAGGAGCAGCCCAAUCCAGCUCCAAACCCCAAACAUCCCCUGGCAGCCAUCGUCAUCAACCCCCACCCAUAUCCUGCUGGAGCAGUGGCCUCCUAUGUUGCUCUCAUGUUGGUUCUUUUCCAAGAGAACUCUGUGCCAGAUCAUCAGGUUGAGACUAUGGUGUUGGUUGAGACUAUGGUGUUGGUUGAGACUAUGGUGUUGGUUGAGACUAUGGUGUUGGUAGUGACUGUGGUGUUCAAGGCUGGGAGAUGUGGGAGUGAUGUGACUCUGUGCUGGCCAGGUGUUUGUCUAUGUGGGGAGGACAGGCUGAAUGUUACAAAUGUGAAUAGAGUGUUGUACAGUGACCAACAUCGGACUACACUACGUAUGUACGUCAGGCACAGGUGAUGUUUGUCUUUUUAUACAUACAUAUAGUAUAUAGUUGUAUAUGUAUACUUUUAUUAUAUAUAAAUAUUUUCUGUCCCCCUUUUAUGCUUAUAUGAUGUAGACAAUGUGACCCUUCAGUACGGCAGAAUCUACAUUCCUCCAAUCCAGUGUGCUUAGUGAAGUCAGUGGCUCUCUAUGACAUUCCAUCAGGACACUGACAGUCUCUCCAUGCAAAUAUCACACACAUACAUACAUACACACACUCUGUCCAGCUGUAGGGUCGGGACAAUACCAGUAUUGCGAUACUCGUUAGUGUCGUGGCAAGUGAACGUAACACGAAGCAGAUCUAACUUUGUUAGGAAAACAAACAUUUCAUGUCAUCCAGAGUCACAUUUAUUUUUCCAAGCUGUAGCACACAAUAUGUUACAUACAGCAGGUUAUUCAAGGACCUACGGGUUCGGUCUGUUUCGUGUUUUCAUUUUUGCCAUGGAAAAAGUAUUGCCAUACUGCUGUCAUCCUGGUCCAGCCAGUCAGUCGGAACAAACCCUUACCAAUAUGCCUGAUGGCUUUUCUGUGCUUUAUGUUAGCUUCUUCUGAAUGGCUCUGCUUGUUGUUGUUAUAGCUUUGAUACAGUAGCUCAACAUGAAUGGAGGAGAAUAGUCUUAUAUUUAUUAUCAGAUCUACGGUCCAAUCAAGAGUGGACAACUUAAUUAGUGAUUUACCAUCACUAUCUAUGUGGGCUGUGGUUUUCCCCUUUCCUUAAUGGAGCGCAGUUAAUUAGACUUCUCUCCUCCCCUGGUUGCUCCUAAUGUUUUCUUUGUCUUAUUACUGACGAUCGAUAGUGCGUUUCUUUGAGCAGUCAGUGCAGCGAGGGGGAGUCAAGAGAGAACUCUCCCAUGUGUCAUCAGUUAGAAAGAUAAGAAGUUGGAAAGGAGAAUGGAGAUGGUGGGAGUCUGAGACAGAUGGAGAGAGUUUAUUCAUCUCUUAAUUAGACUCGUGUGCACCCAUCCGUCUGCAAGAGUGAUGGUCAUCAUUCUGUUCAUGUCUGAGUCUUGUGGGAAAUUCUCCUUGUCAGUGUUUUCUGACAGGUAUCUUAAUGAAAGUCUUUUUAAUAACUUCUUUUUUUUUUUUUUUUUUACCCAAUUGGUAGUUACAGUCUUGUCUCAUCUCUGCAACUCCCGUACAGACUCGGGAGAGGCGAAGGUCGAGAGCCGUGCGUCCUCCGAAACACAACACAAUGACCACUUAACCCGGAAGCCAGCCGCACCAAUGUGUCAGAGGAAACACUGUACACCUGGCGACCAUGUCAGCAUGCACUGCCCCUGUCCCGCCACAGGAGUCACUAGUGCGCGAUGAGACAAGGACAUCCCUGACGGCCAAAUCCUCACCUAGCACUACGAUGCAGUGUCUUAGACCGCUGCGCCACUCGGAAGUCCCCUUAAUGAAACAGUCUUAACUUGGUAGCAUUCCAUUGAUCAUUUGAAAUUCCAUCAACCAUUCCGUUUAAUUAUUCUUCAGUCUUCUGCUCGUCACAUUCCUGUUGGUAGGAACAUUGUGUAGAAGGACCUAGGUGGGAGUUUAUGAAUGUUUCUCUUCUUAUUUUGUCUGCAUUGGUUUUAUUGAGUUUAAUUGCUGGAGGGUGUAGUUCCAAUGGGGAACUUGAUAACGUGUGUGUCUGCGUACGGUAAAGAAUGCUUGGCAAAGCUGGUGAAAAGCAUGCUUAGUAGUGCACUUGUCUACCCCUUAAUCCGUUUGUAAUAUUUAAGUCCGAGUGGGUUUACCUGUUAUAUUUGUCUUCAGAUAUGGCCGAUUUGCAUUUUUUUCCUUUUAAUUUAUCAUUUAAUCCAACACCAGCCGAUAAUCUAUUCAGUUCCCAUGUCAGAAAAUAUGUACACUACAGUGACUUGCAUAGUAAUCCAAAAUGAAUGUGAUGUGAAGUGUGAGGGAGCCCUGUUGCUGUACCUCAGGCUUAUUCAGGGGUUCAUCUGAGAGACCCUGCCACAUUGUUGUGUACUUCGGGGGUAUACUUCGGGGGUAUUCCGGGCAGAGCAAAAUUCAGUUGGUGGUACGGUAACCAAAAAAGGUUGUGAACCACUGGUAUAGACUAGAGGGUAUCCUUAUGUUACUGAGCAGAAUGACCAUAUCAAGGUGUAUGUGUUGCCAUUGAGUUCAAGAGUUCAUUGAUUGUUAUAAGCACUAUCCCUGAAGCUAAUUUAUAACGUAAAGCACUAUAAUUGAGAAUGCAAUGAAAGUGUAUUUCCUUAGUUUUGUUUGUUCCUCUUGCAUAGCAUUUGAAAUAAUAUUAUUGACAUAAGUAGACAAUAUAUAUUUUGCUUUGCAUGUGGCAGUCUGGCAUUGUGUCAAUAUAUUGGAUGUAAAAAAAAAUAUGCUGAUGUCAUCACUUGCAAUUAAAAUGUCCUUUUUUUUUAUACAA